AUGCUGUUCGACAAGGUGAAGGUGUUCCUGGUGCAGCUGGACGAGGCGAGCGCAGGCGCGGAGCCCGUGUUCAGCGGAGGCCAAACCGUGGCGGGCCGGGUGUUACUGGAGCUGUCGGGCGCGGUGCGCGUGGGCGCCCUGAGGCUGCGUGCUAGGGGCCGCGCUCACGUACACUGGACUGAGUCGCGCAGCGCGGGCUCGAGCACCGCGUACACGCAGAGUUACAGCGAGCGCGUGGAGGUGGUGAAUCACCGCGCCACGCUCCUCGCUGCAGACACCGGAGAGACCACGACUCUGCCUCCCGGGCGCCAUGAGUUCCCGUUCAGCUUCCAGCUGCCCCCGACCCUGGUGACAUCCUUUGAAGGUAGACACGGCAGCGUCCGCUACAGCAUCAAGGCAACCUUACACCGGCCCUGGGCUCCCGCUCGGCGGGCAAGGAAGGUGUUUAUUGUCAUUGAACCCGUGGAUAUCAACACUCCGGCCCUGCUGGCACCCCAGGCAGGCGCACGGGAGAAGGUCGCCCGGGCCUGGUGCUGUAACCGCGGCCUUGUCUCCGUCUCAGCUAAGAUCGACCGAAAGGGCUACACGCCAGGUGAGGUGAUCCCCGUCUUUGCUGAGAUCGACAACGGCACCACACGCCCUGUGCUGCCACGGGCAGCUUUGGUCCAGACGCAGACCUUUGUGGCACGAGGCGCCCGCAAGCAGAAGCGGGCUGUGGUGGCCAGCCUGGUGGGUGAGCCUGUGGGCCCUGGGCGGCGGACUCUGUGGCAGGGCCGGGCACUUCGGAUCCCACCCGUGGGCCCCUCCAUCCUGCGUUGCCGGGUGCUGCACGUCGAUUACGCCCUCAAGGUCUGUGUGGACAUCCCAGGCACGUCCAAGCUGCUCCUGGAGCUGCCGCUGGUCAUCGGCACUGUGCCUCUGCACCCUUUCGGCAGCCGCUCCUCCAGCGUGGGUAGCCAUGCCAGCUUCCUGCUGGACUGGGGGCUGGGCGCUCUGCCAGAACAGCCUGAGGCUCCGCCUGAGUACUCAGAGGUGGUAGCAGAUGAGGAGGUGGCUGCUGCGGGGGAGAACCUCUUCCCGCUGCGGCCCGACCUCGACCUAGGCCUUGAGGGCCCCUUCUUCACCUACAUCCAGGAGUUCCGCUACCGCCCACCACCCCUGUACUCUGAGGAGGACCCUAACCCGCCCCCAGAGGCCAUCAGACCCCGCUGCAUGACCUGCUGA